AUAACGUAACAGCACCACACGAAUGCAAGCAAGAGACACCGUGUUUCUUUUGUGAAGGAAAAAUGGCGAGUGCAGGGGUUGUCUUCUUGACCACCCCUCUGUGCUCACCUUCUUCUUCCACCGCUUCUUCUUCCUCUAGACGACUCAGCCUUCAGCUUUCUUCUCCCAGACAUGCUUCUUACCGUAUUUACUGCUCAACUUCUACUUCAGAGGUUGCCUCAGAGAAACUUCCAACUAGUACCGAUUAUUCUGUUACUGGUGGUGCAUAUGAUUUCUCCAAAGCAACAACAUCAUUAACGAAUCAGUUAAUCACUUCCUCAAAGAAGGUGACUCUUAUAAGGCAUGGUCUUAGCACUUGGAAUGCAGAAAGUAGGAUUCAGGGAAGCUCAGAUUUGUCUAUACUAACUGAAGCUGGGGAGGAGCAAGCAGAGAGGUGCAAGAAAGCCCUGGAAAAUAUGUACUUCGACCAAUGUUUUGCGAGUCCAAUAUCUCGUGCCAAGCAAACUGCUGAAAUUAUAUGGCAAGGGAGGGAAAAGCCACUGGUUUAUCUUGAUUCACUUAAAGAGAUAUCCUUAUAUCACCUUGAAGGCAUGAGAAAUGUGGAUGCUAAGAUAAUGUAUGCCAAGGAGUACAAAACCUGGAGAGAAGAUCCAGCUAAUUUUUGCAUGAAUGGUAGAUAUCCUGUACAAGAUCUCUGGCUAGCUGCAAGAGAUUGUUGGAAGCAAAUUUUGUUGUCACCUGGAGAAAGCUUUCUGGUUGUGACUCACAAAUCUAUAUUGAGGGCAUUAACUUGCACUGCUUUAGGCCUGGGUCCUGAGAGGUUUCGUUCCCUUGAUAUCAACAAUGGUGGGAUAUGUGUAUUCAACUUCAAUGUCAGAGGAGAAGCAAUGCUUGAGGCUUUAAACGCAACGGCUCACAUGUAUGGUGAUCACGUCUAUCCUGGCUGAAAUUUCUCAGUAACGCAAGGAAGUAUUGCGCAUUUGGAAUAAUACCAGUGAAUAUUUUGUGUGGUAUUUUCCAUUUUGGUUAUAUGAACUUCAGAAUCUGUAAGUAGAGAUGUGGAGGUAUUAAAGUAUAAUUUGUGUAUUGUGUAAAUUAAUCAUGUGAAUUCCAACAUUUAGUGUACUGAGUUUAUUCAAUGUCUUUUUCUUUCCCUUUUGAAAAA